AUGUCUAGGAACAACAAAAACGCUGAGCCGUUGGCAAGCCUCAAUGAAACGCUUUGUGGUCUUGGAAAAGUUUACGAGGACAAGCACUCUUUUUAUCGCAUUUGGUUAGCCUACAUUCCCUACGUGGUCAUCUACAAGGCAGAUCUAGUAGAGAAAAUUUUGCAAAGCCCGACAAAUAUUCAGAAAUCUGGAGAUUAUCACUUCUUUCGGCCGUGGAUCAAGGAUUGUCUUCUUCUCAGUAAAGGAGCCAAAUGGGAGUAUCGUCGAAAGUUGCUUCAGCCAGCCUUUCAUGCCACCGUACUGGAGCAAUUUGUGCCCAUCAUGAAGGAGCACACUAUGGUGCUGAUUGACAAAAUCAACCACCACGUUUCUCAGUCGGGUGAUGAAAAAUGUGCUGUUUUAGAUACCAGAAAACUGAUGCUUCCACUUACGUUUGAUAUCAUUUGUGAAACUGCAAUGGGCGUCAAAAUGAACAGUCAAAAUGAAGACAAGAGCAAGUACAUUGAAACGCUGAACGUGGCUGUGCGUAAAAUUCUCAAGCGAAUCAUGACGCCCUGGUUCUGGAAUGAUCUUGUCUGCAGCCUCUUCUCUCCUGAUCUUCUAAUUCACGAACAAAUGAACAUCAUCGAAGGCUUCAUCUACAGUGUCAUCCGCUCACGCAGGAAAGCUUUGCUCGAAUCAAAGCAGCAGCAGCCAGGUGAUAACACUGAAACUUCUACCCCUCUUAAGCGGAAGCGCCUAGCCUUCCUCGACCUUCUUCUAGAGCACAACAUCACCGAUCCCAGCAAAUGGAGUGAGGCGGACAUUGAGGAGGAGAUGGAGUUCUUCUUUCCGGCGGCGCACGAGACCACCACCGAGUCGGUCGUCUGGACGCUCUUCUGUCUGGGCAACAGCACGGACUGUCAGGCGGCAGUUCACCGGGAGAUUGACGCCAUCUGGGAGCAGUACGACCUGGACCGGGAGGGCGCCCAGUGCCAGCUGACCAAGUCGGUCGUCUGGACGCUCUUCUGUCUGGGCAACAGCACUGACUGUCAGGCGGCAGUUCACCAAGAGAUUGACGCCAUCUGGGAGCAGUACGACCUGGACCGGGAGGGCGCCCAGUGUCAGCUGACCAGUGAGCACCUCAACCAGAUGACCUACCUGGAGGCGGUCAUCAAGGAGGCGAUGAGACUCUAUCCGCCGGAGGCGAUGCGGCUCUAUCCGCCGGUGGUCUCCGUCGGCCGCUACAUCUCCACUGACAUUGUCCACGAGAGCUUUGUCAUUCCAAAGGGCGCCACAGUGUGCAUUCUCAUUGAGAAGCUUCACCGAGACCCGCACUUUUUCCCCAAACCUGACGCCUUCCUCCCUGAAAGGUUCCUCGAUCCGCAGGCGCCCCACCUCGGCAACUCCUUUGCCUACAUACCUUUCUCUGGAGGCAAGAGGAAUUGCAUCGGAGGGAAGAUGGCCAUGAAGGAGCUGAAGAUUAUCCUGUCCAUUCUGCUGCGUCACUUUAGUGUUCAGUCGCUAAAAAAGUUGGGAGAAAUCGAUAUUGAUCCAGUUAUUGUCUCAAUGCCUAGAGGACCGGUUGACAUUCGCUAUACUCCACGAUUGUAG